CUGCCGGUGCUCGACCAGCGGCCCGCGCCGCCGGAGACCAAUCUGAACAUCGACACGUCGACCGAGCGCUACACACUCGUCAUGUCGCUGCCCGGCUUCAGUCUCGAUGCCAUCACGCUCGCCACGAAGCAUCACCGCCAGCUCGUCAUCGUUGCGGACUCGUACGACGAGGGCGGCGGGCACGUGGAGCGCCGCGUCACCUUCAGCCACGACGCCGACCUCAAGAAGACGACGGCGUCGUUCGACGGCCAGAAGCUCACGGUGCUCGUGCCUCGGCGC